AUGGGGUUUGGUGAUAGAUGGAUAAAGUGGAUGGAGUUAUUAGUGUUCAAUAGUAACAUGUCGGUUCUUGUUAAUGGAAAUCCAACUAAGGAGUUUGCGGUUCAUAGAGGCUUGAGGCAGGGUGAUCCCCUUUCUCCUUUUCUAUAUGUUUUGGUGGAGGAAGGUUUAUCGGGUCUCAUAAGACAAUCUAUUGAAGUGGGGGAAUUUGAAAGUUUUAACAUAAAAGGAGAGUGUUCGGUGGACAUUAUAUUCUUCAAUUUGCGGAUGACACUUUAUUGGUGGGGGAGGGAAGAGAGUAUUUUUUAUUUUCUUGGAAUUCCUAUAGGAUUCAACCCUAGAAAGGAAGCUACUUGGGAUCCUCUUGUGAUUAAGUUGAAGAAUCGGUUGGAAGGAUGGACGAAUCGCUUCUUGAAUUUGGGAGGUAGAAUUACUCUUUUGGAGUCCGAUCUUAGUUCUUUAGUUAUUUUCACUAUGUCUUUCUAUAAGAUGCCGAGGAAAGUGGUGAAAAAAUAUCGAGCAUUCAAAGUAGGUUUUUAUGGAGGAGGCGGAUGA